AUGGCGUCGACUGCCGACGAAGCCGCGGCCCUGCACGGUACCGACUGGGCUGAGAAUGGAGCGGCUAUGGAUGAACAGGAGGCUCCCUCUGAUAUGAUGCAAAUUAGCGAGAGCGAAAAACAAGCUACAGAUCUUGAUGUCCCUGAUGCUGUUGGUGAUGCUGUGUAUCCCCCCACUGUUUCUGCUACCGAAUAUGACCCUGGAGCAGCUAUUGUUCCCACUGGUGAUGAGGCUUCUGACGAAGAAGACGAAGGUGGAGAGGAAGACGAAGACGAGGAGGAAGAAGGUGAGGAUAACGAAGAAGACGCUCCCACAGACGAACCGCACGACGGUAUUACGGGUGUCAUAGAAUCGGCAGAGUUGACAAAUCCAACACCAACGGCUGCACCAGCGUCGAUUAAAAAACCGAAAGCCGUGGGUGGCUUCCUCGCUGAAGACUCCGACUCGGACGACGAAGACAAAACCGCACCGGCAACAGAUGACGGUGACGGCGAAGAGUACGACCCGGAACAGCUGACAAGCACCUAUGAACCCCCAGUGUCGACACACAAUGGGGCCCCGCCGACACCAGCCCCGAACGAUGGCCCCUACGGAUCCUCUCACAAUAAUACACCGCACGCCCAGUCUGCACCGCCUCCAGUACAGGCACCACCUCAGGGUGGCCCAGUUGUGCCGGUACCGCAGCAGGCCUCCGAGCUUCUCGCACCGCUUGGCCUUCCUGGUGCGACCUCUGUGGCCGCUCUUGAGACACGGGUCAAGGAUGACCCGCGCGGCGCACUCGACUCGUGGCUUGCAUUAAUCGAUGACCACCGUAGGAACUACCGAUUUGACGAGGCUCGGUCGACCUAUGACCGGUUCUUUGAAGUGUUUCCUCAGGCGGCUGAGAUGUGGGUUGCCUACCUCAAUAUGGAGCUCGAACUCGAAAACUUUACCGCGGCAGAAGCCAUCUUCAACAAGUCACUCACAAAGGUUGUCAACGUGCCGCUCUGGCUUGUUUAUCUCGACUAUGUGCGGCGGCGGAACAAUCUCACUGAUGCCGGUUCCGAGGCCCGGACGGUAGUUGCUCGCGCGUACGAGUUUGUCCUCGACAACGUUGGCAUCGACAGAGACUCUGGCCGAAUUUGGCAGGACUAUGUGCAGUUUAUCCGCUCGGGCCCUGGCACUAUCGGUGGCAGCGGCUGGCAGGAUCAGCAGAAGAUGGACCAACUGCGCAAGGCGUUCCGACGCGCCACCAGUGUACCAAUCUCCAAUGUUAAUCAGCUGUGGAAAGAGUACGACCAGUUUGAGAUGGGACUGAACAAGAUCACCGGCCGCAAGUUCCUCGCCGAGCGCUCUCCGGCUUACAUGUCCGCGAAGAGCGCCAAUACCGCGUUGGACAACCUGACUCGUGGACUGAGCCCAACGACGCUCUCGCACCUGCCGCCCGUCGCUGGUUUCGAGGGCUACCAGGAAUACAUGGCACAGGUCGACCUUUGGCAGAAGCGGAUUGCCUGGGAGAAGUCGGACCCGCUCGACUUACAAAUCGACGAACCAGAGGUCCUCAAGGCACGCAUCUUGUACUGCUACAAGCAAGCUCUGAUACCGCUUCGGUUCUGGCCCGAGCUCUGGGUGGAGGCGGCCGAGUGGUGUUUUGAGAAUGACAUCAAGGAGAACAACCGGGAGAAAGGCCUAGACUUUCUCGUUGACGGCAUCGAAGCCAACCCAGAGAGUGUCUUGCUCGCGCUUAAGCAUGCUGACCGGAUCGAAUCGACUUACCCUGUCGAAGAGGGUGACGAUGCCAAAGUGGCCCGUGGAGCCGCUGUCCGGAAGCCGUACGACAAGGUCAUCCAGGCGCUGCGCGAUCAAUACAAAGCCGUGCAAGAUCGCGAGAAAAACGACUUGGAGCGCCUCGAGGAGAGAUUGGCGGCCUCAAAUCAGCAGCCCAACAAGCACGAUGACGACGACGACGACGACGACGACGACGACGACCGCCGCGGGUUCAACGGCGAAACCCGCAAGACAGCGACGGACGAAGAGAGGGAAAGACAGACUGCUUUCAUUAAGCAGGGCUACGUGGUGCAGAUGGACACGGUCUCCAAGUGCCUGACGCACGUAUGGAUUGCCCUAGCUCGUGCGAUGCGUCGCAUCCAGGGCAAAGGCAGCCCGCAAGGUCCCUUGGGAGGCCUGCGGCAUGUGUUUGCCGAGGCGCGCAAAGGAGGUCGUCUUAAGAGUGACAUCUACGUUGCCGUUGCGAAAAUGGAGUGGAAGUGCUACAACGACAAGGCGGGUGGCAAGAUUUUUGAGCGCGGCGCCAAGCUGUUCCCCGAGGACCCGUACUUUAUGAUCGAGUACAUCAAGUACCUGACAGCCCACGGAGACAACACGAACUCCCGGGUUGUUUUUGAGACAUGCGUCAACAAGCUUGCACAGAAGCCGGACACUGUUCAUAAGGCGAAGCCUCUCCUGGCGUACAUGCACAAGCGCGAGGCCGAGUACGGCGAGCUGGCUCGUGUGAAUGAGCUGGAAAAGCGCAUGGCGGAGCUGUACCCCAACGACCCGAAACUGGCCCUGUUCAGCAAGCGGUUUGCAACGGAGAAGUUCGACCCGGUCAGUGCUCGUCUCAUCAUCUCGCCGGCGACGCAGCUUCGACCUCGCCUGAUCCUGCCGUCGGUCGAGAAGCAGCCGGCCUCCCUGCGCAACAGCCCGAUGCCUGGCCACGGAUUGCGGGGUAACAGCCCGCGGAUGCAGUUCUUGAACGCGCCAGGAGGCAGUGGCGGCGGCACCAACUCGCCCAAGAGGCCUUACGUCGCCGAUGACUACGACGACGCCAGCGGCAACCUAAACAACCCACCACGCAAGAUUCUCCGUGCGGUCGAACAGCGCGAGUUCCAGCGCGGCGAAUCACCCCUCAAGGGUGCAGCCGGCCGUCGUCUGGAUCAGCAACGGCGACUUGGCGGCGCCAGCGGUGGUGAAUAUGGCGGCUACGGGGGUGGUCCUGGUGGUGGUCCGCCAGCACCGCUGCCGACCAUGGUAACCUUUUUGCUUGGCCAGAUUCCGCCUGCUCCGCAAUACAACGGUCUCCGCUACACGGCCCCAGGCCUUGUGCAUCUGCUACGAGAGACGGAGAUCGACCCCAACGCUGCGUACGAGGCGUCACGGCGAGGCGGUGCUGGUAUCCGUAGCUAUGGUGCGGGCGGCCGUGGGCAGCACGUCCGGCAGGUAUCGGCAUCGGACUAUCAUGGGAGCAGGAACUCACCCGGAAUUGGUAGUGGAGGACGUGUUGCAUCGGGUGGCUACCAGCAGUCAUCGCUGCGCCCAGAUUCACAAGAUGCAUACGAGCCAUCGCCAGCGCAAGGCAGCGCACAGCAGUACGACUGGCAGCAGCAGCAGCAGCAGCAGCAGCCGCCACAAGGCCAAUUUGGCGGGUACCGGUACUGA